AUGUGGAAUUCGGUUGAUGACGCAGAAAAUGCUCCAGUUUCCGUCUGUACGGCAACCGGUAACCAAGGUGCUCCGUCCGCCGUCAGCGAUGAAAAUGGCGGUGUGUUCUUCGUCUGGUCGGACUACCGUAAUGACCCGAAUUUUUAUACGAGCGCGCAACUAUACGCGCAACGCAUAAAUGCUGAAGGAAACGCGCUAUGGGAAAAGGACGGCAUCCCAAUCUGCGAACUGCGUGUCAAUCAACAACAACCGUACUGUAUUCCAGACGGGAGUGGCGGUUUCAUCGCCGCAUGGUGGGACGAACGGGAUAUUUUCGCUGACAUCUAUGCCCAACGUAUCAACGGAAACGGUGAAAUGCUGUGGAAUGACGAAAAUGCCCAGUUCCAAAAAGGAGGUAUACCUGUCUGCACUGGUGCGGGGGUUCAACGUCUCCCUCACAUCGUGCCUACUGGUGAGGCUGGAGAAACUAUCAUCUAUUGGCUGGAUUAUCGCGAAGAUUUCGGGGAUUCGACAGAGGAUGCAAUCUACGCACAACGGCUUGAUGCCGAUGGGAAGCCACUUUGGGAAAUCAACGGUAUCCCUGUUUGCCACGCACCGAAAGAGCAAAUCACCCCUCAAGCUGUAUCUACAGAUAGUGGCGCAGCAAUCGUCGUUUGGAGUGAUGCGCGCGGACAAGACUACGACAUCUAUAUCCAGCGUGUCCCGUGA